GGGGAAAGGGGAGGGGUAUGAGGGGAAUUUUAAAGAAAAAAAUAUGAGCGAUUUUCAGUAGAUACAGACGGUAAAUAGUAAAAGGGCUAUUUUUUCAAGGAACGAUCACAAGGGUAUUUAUGUACUUUCAGGAUAUAUUCAAAUUAACAAAGUCUGUGACAACUUGAGAGCCCGCCCAUGGAAGACUUAGCCAACCUCACAAAAUCUUCAAAUUCAAAUAAUCAGUUUGACACUCAACAACUGAACACAAAGAGAGAAAAAUGGAGAAGAUCUGUGUAGCAGUGAGAGUGAGACCUCCAGUGAGCCUUACCCUUGAAUCUAACAAUGGAACUUUCUGGAAUGUUGAUGAUAAGCGCAUUUCUCUUCACAAAUCUACUGGCACCCCUUUUUCUGGCGUUGUCUUCUCCUUUGAUCAUGUGUUUGAUCAAUCUUGCCCUAAUUCUAGGGUUUAUGAACUUCUUACUAAGGAUAUUAUCUAUGCUGCCAUUGAAGGCUUUAAUGGCACGGUGUUUGCAUAUGGACAGACUAGUAGUGGAAAGACAUUCACUAUGAAUGGUUCGGAAAAUGAUCCGGGGAUUAUUCACCGGGCAGUCAAAGAUGUGUUCGACAUGAUUAGCAAGGAUCAUGAGAGGGAUUUCCUGAUUCGUGUUUCGUACAUGGAAAUUUAUAAUGAAGAAAUUAAUGACCUUUUAGCAGUUAAUAGCCAGAAGCUGCCCAUCCAUGAAAGUUUGGAGCGUGGCGUUUUUGUUGCUGGUCUUAGAGAGGAAUUUGUGAGCAAUGCUGAGCAAGUACAUAAGCUUCUUGAAGCUGGAGAAGUGAAUAGACAUUUUGGUGAAACAAAUAUGAAUGUACGAAGUAGCAGGUCACACACAAUCUUUAGAAUGGUCAUAGAAAGCAAGAACAAGGAGAUGGAUGGUUCAAGUUCAGAUGCUAUCCGUGUUUCUGUUUUGAAUUUGGUGGACCUGGCGGGAUCUGAGAGAAUUGCUAAAACUGGAGCUGACGGAGUUAGAUUGAAGGAAGGAAAACACAUUAACAAAAGCUUGAUGGUUCUGGGUAAUGUGAUCAACAAACUCAGUGAAGGAGCCAAGCAGAGGGCACACAUUCCAUAUCGUGACAGUAAGCUGACCCGCAUACUUCAAUCUUCACUUGGUGGCAAUGCUAAAACUUCAAUUAUCUGCACAGUGGCUCCUGAGGAGGUUCAUGUGGAAGAAACUAGAGGAACUCUUCAGUUUGCUAACAGAGCCAAAUGUGUAACAAACUGUGCUCAAGUGAAUGAGAUCCUGACAGAUGCGGCCUUGCUGAAGCGGCAAAAGCUAGAGAUAGAAGAAUUACGUCAGAAACUUCAGGGAUCUCGGGCUGAGGUAUUGGAGCAAGAAAUCUUGAAGUUGCGGAAUGACUUGCUUAAGUAUGAACUAGAGCAUGAAAAACUUGCCAUGGAGCUUGAAGAGGAGAGAACGUUGCACAGACAAAGAAAUCAACACAUCAAAGAACAACAAAUUAGAAUUGACAACCUCAGUAAUAUUGUUCACUUUUCAGACAGUGAUCAAAAGAGCCAUACUCAGAAACAAGGUUUCUCAGGGAAAGCAAUGGGAGAGAGGAGCAAUGACAGCCAUCAUAUAUGGCAGGAAGAAGCUUUUAGCACCCCUAGCUUCAAAGCAGCUCCCAAUUCUUUUGUUGCUAGAAGAUCAAAUUAUGCACCAAUAUCCGAUUCUGAUUCUAGCCCUGCGCCUGAUGCAUUCAACAAUGUGGCUGAUGAAGAUGCAUGGAUGAAGUUGAAUAAGGGUUUUGUUGCUGACCUUGAUUCACUUCAUAUAACUCCUGCGGUUAAAGUUCGAAGCCUGUCAUCUAAUGGUGUUAGUCCUGGUUUCUUACAAGAUCGGUACGAGCACGAGAUUCAAAACCUCAAGAGGCAAAUGGAUCUUACCAUUAAAGAAAGAGAUGAACUUGAGAAAAACCACCAAGAGCAGGUCUUGUUGAAUGAAAAACUAACCAACAAAAUCAUGGAACUUCACGAGGAGGUCAAACUGACUAGAGGGAUUCCGCAAGUGUUGUGUGAAUCAGUGGCUACUUGUAGAGACACGUAUAAGGAUGUCUUAACUGUUAUGCAGAGUUCUGUUAAUGAUGAAAAAUCCUUUGCAAAAAACUUGUUAACCAGCUUGACUGAGAUUGGCACAAAUCUUUUUUCAACAUUGGAAACUCAUUGCAAAAUGGCUGUAGAUGGUCAUAAACUUUCCUGCAGGGAUACUUCUUUAGUGCAAGAACCGUGCAAGAUUCUGUGCGAGCAAUUGAACAAUUCAGUUGCUUUUUUGGAAUCACCGGAUGCACAAAGUACAAUGGAGAAAGAACUGACUACCGGACUAUAUUGCUCUGAUUAUAAGGGCAUUAACUUAGGGGGAGAGCCUGCUUGUUGGAAGGAGAAGUUGAGCAAUGAACUCAACACAUUCAGAGACAAAUACAUAAGCCUUGAAAAGGAUCUUGAUCAAAAUAGUCAGGUUUUGGAAGAGUCGAACUCAAGGUAUCUAAAACUGGAGCAAGAAUAUCAAAUUGUGCAGCAAGAAAGAGAUUCCUUGCUUGAUGAAGUAUCUAAAUCAAGUCAAAACUUCACAUUAGUUUCAGAAGAAAGAGAAACAUUAUUGGAGAGAUACAAGUCUGAGGUACAGAAAAGGAAAAAUUUAGAACAAGGAAUCAAGCAGUUUAGUGAGGCAUUCGCCUCUCGGCAUAAAUCUUUAGCAUCAUUUCACAGUGAUUUUAAAUCUAGAGUUGAAGAUCUUAGAUCUCACAAUCCUGUUGUGGUGAUUAAUUCUCUUGGGUUGUAGAAUAAUUAGUACCUUGUGUCCAGUUUUUCAGUAUAAACCUGCAGCAAUUCUUAGUUGAAUUGUCAAGAAUUGAUAGACUUACAAUUAUGUGUUGGGUAAAUUAUUUAAUGUAUUGACCUUUGAUCUGUA